AUGUCUUCAUCUCCGCCAGGUACUCACGCCGAAGAAGACAUUCAGCCCGCAGACGAAGUGGAGAUAGAUCACGGGUACGACACCGAGGACUCUGGCUUUGAGCAAGAUUCUGUCUUGACCCAGUCCGUUCGGUCGAGCAUAUAUCAAUAUAAAUUCGAGAACGGGCGGACAUACCACUCAUACAAAGAAGGCCAGUACUUCAUGCCCAAUGACUCGGCCGAGCACGAACGACUCGAGCUGCAACACCGCGCAAUGUCCCUCGCUGCUGGUGGACAGCUCUUCUAUGCGCCCGUCCGCGACCUUCACCAUGUCUUGGAUCUCGGCACUGGCAUCGGUACAUGGGCCGUUGAAGUGGCUGACGCCUACCCUGAGGCCGUAGUCAUCGGUGUGGACUUGAGCCCCAUUCAGCCGUCACUCGCUCCGCCAAAUGCCAAGUGGGAAAUUGACGACGUCGAGGAUGACUGGACCUGGCCGGCAGACCACUUCGAUCUCAUCUACAGCCAAUUCAUGCUGAGCGGAAGUAUUGCGGAUUUUCCCAAGUAUUUUCGCCAGGCUUUUAGGCACUGCAGGCCGGGCGGGUAUUUCGAGCUUCGCGACCUGGCUACUUACCUGCGAAGUGACCAUGUUCCCAUCAGAGAAGACAGUGCCGUCAACGAGUGGUGUCGGCUCAUGCGGCAGGGAAUCACCGGUAUGGGGCGCAGACUUGAUCUGGAUUUCGAGCAACUGGGGGAUCUGAUGCGAGAGGCCGGCUUCGUCGAGGUAGUCGUGCGGCCGUUCAAGAUCCCCAUAGGUCGGUGGCCUUCCGAUCCAAAGUUGAAAGAAGCAGGGCUGUUUCAGCUGUACGCCAUGUUGGAGGGCGUUGAGGCACUGACAUUGGCCAUCUUUACCCGCUGCCUGGGUUGGGAGCCGGAACGUGUCCACGUCUUCCUCGCUGAUGUGCGGAAGGAGUUCAAAGCCACCAAACGCUAUACUUACUGGCCGUGCGCGGUCAUUUAUGGCAGAAAGCCUGUAUCUGCGUCGAUGGACUGGGUGCAAAUGGCAGCCGAUUGGUUCUGGAACAUCGUCGUCCACGACACUGCAUGCAUAUGGGCGAUCCCAGAUCGAAAGAUUGUCCGUACAGGCGAAUUGUCCACGAACCUUGGAGAAUUCAAGACCGGAAUCCUCGGUCUAGGACAGUCCCAGCAUGACUCGGCGCAUUUGAAACGUGCCUAG